UUACUUUUCUACAACUGCAGUUACAAGAAAUUGUUCCAACUGGUUUACGAGAACGAGUUGCCCCGUUGCGUCAACCUCGAUUAUUACACCGUGUGUACACCCGAUAUCCAUCAACUGAUUUAUCAACGUAUCUACAUGGACCAGCUCGAGUCCCUGGUGAAAGAAACGUUCGAGUAUAAAAACAUGUAUUUCAUGUUCUCACCCAUAGAGGGAGAAAUUUGGCCGCAAUCGUCCGUCGAAGUGACAGUCUACUUUCGCGCGGUGGAGCUCGGUGAAAUAACGAGCACCGCUUAUCUAGAGGUAACUGGACGCGAAGAUAGGAUACCAGUGACCCUUUAUGGAACAGGGAAAGGGCCGAUUUUACAGUUGAACGUUCUCACGAUCGAUUUGAACAACAUCUACAUGUGUUCCGUGCACAAUUACGAGAUAAUAGCGGGGAACAGAGGGCACAUUUCCGGCACGUUGAUCUACAGGGAGAAGCCGACCGAUUUCGGUGGCACGAUCAACGUGACACCCCCCUGCCUCAAACUGCAACCGGACGAGCUCAAAUCCUUCAAUUUGUCGUUUUCCUCGAAUCAUAAGGGUGAUUUCGUGGAGAGGGUCGAUUUCGUGGUGAAAGAGACCCUCGAGGUGCUCAGCUUGCACAUCAAGUACGUUGCACGAGGGAUCGAUGAAUAGCGAGG